AUGGCGGGCACUACGCUUCGCAGGGGAGCGAAAAAUGGACGAGGAAAGGGAGGCUUGAAGCUUGCCGCUGCUACCAUGGGCGCCGCCUGCAUGCUGUUCCUCCCAGGUGUAGCGCAGGGGAGUGCGGCAGCCGAGGCACACCCGCACCAGGGGAAGGUCAAGCCUUACAAGCCCGGCAUGCCGGACAUCGUGUUGACCAAGAAGCAGCGCACGGACCUCGACGGAGGGGAUCUGGUGCAAGACAUGCUCAAGGGGGAGACGGACGAGGACGGGGGCAAGGGCGGCCGCGCCCUGGCCGUGCAGGACGUCAACGCGCCCGCCGAGUACGUGUGGGACCGCAUCCUCGACUUCGGCAACUACAACAAGAUGGUGCCCAAGGUGACGGAGUGCAAGAACUACGAGACAGAAACGCUGAGGAAUGGCACCGAGAUCAUCAAGACAAACCUCAAGCUCAACGUGUUCGGGGUGAAGCUGAACAGCUUCUUCUACCACACGUACUUCCCCUCCAAGAGUUCCAUGACGUGGACGCUCGACUACACCAAGAAGAGCACCCUCGAUGAUUCCGUGGGUUUCUGGCACGUGGCGACUCACCCGUCCCAAGACAAGCAGGCCGACUGGUCCCGCGUGUACUACUCGGUCCAGCUCAGGAUCCCGAGCUGGAUCCCCGGCAUCGUCAUCGGUUACCUGAACAAGAAGGCCAUUCGGGAGGCCACAACCUGGGUGAAACGCGAGAGCGAGGAGAAGUACAAGGCGGAUUUCGCGGCCGGAAGAACCCUAGGGGGAAAGAAACCCGGCGCCGUGGGGCUGCCCGGUGGGUGGGGCGCGGCGUUGAGCGGCCUCGGGUCUAAGACGGGGUCGAAGGAGGGCGGGGGGGGGUGGAUGCCCAGCUGGAUGAAGGCGGCGGAGCCCGAGCCGGAGCCAGAGCCGGAACCUGAGCCGGAGAAACCCAGCGCGUCCGAUCCGUCAUCCUUUGUUGUUAGGGGGGAAAGGUUAAGGUGAUGAACUUCCGUCCUCUGACAUCGGAAUUUCGGCAUCCUUACAUGAACAUGAGGACGAAAUGUCCCCCCACCCCCCGACCAACACCCCUCGGGCACAAUCACCCGGGGAUCGAUGGCGUUGUUGUGAUUGGAUUGGAUUGGAUUGAACCGCUAACGGCCUCUGUGCGAGGAAGAACGAGAAAAA